CUGUCUUGUGUAGUCGGUUAGGUUGCUAGAGCCAAAGCUUUGUUUUUCAACUAUAUACAGCUUGUAAUAUUCACGGACUUUCUCAAGUAAUCAGAAGCUAUUAUUCUUCAUCUCUUUCUGUUUAUUCUCUUCAUUUCUUCUGCAUAUCAGUUUCUUCAGUUGCUUAGUCUCCUCCGUUCAAUCUAUGGGAUCCCGAACAAACGUGUUUACCACUUUAGUGAUUUUAUGUGUCAUUGCCUCUUUCUCAGCUGACUCAUCCACCGUUGAUGUAACCCGGUCCGACUUUCCAGCUGAUUUUGUUUUUGGAGUCACGACUGAUGCUCCGCAGUACGAAGGAGCAACAGAUGUCGCACGUAAAGGACCAAGUGUGUGGGAUAACUACAUUAAGAAGUUUCCAGAGAGGAUUCAAGACCACUCCAAUCUGUCUAUUGCCACCGAUUCGUAUAGGCAAUACAAGGAAGAUGUGGUGGCUAUGAAGAACCUUGGAGUCGAUGCCAACAGAUUUUCUAUUGCCUGGACCAGGAUUCUUCCUAACGGAAGCUUGAAUGGUGGAAUAAAUCAAGAGGGCCUUGAUCACUACAACAACGUGAUCGAUGAAUUACUGAAGAAUGGCAUCCAACCCUUUGUGACCCUCUUGCACUUUGACCCACCACAAGCCUUGACGGACAAGUACGGAGGAGUCCUGAGCCGCUCUUUUGUGGCUGAUUUCAAGGACUACUGCGAGCUAUGCUUUAAAACGUAUGGCGAUAGGGUAAAAAAUUGGAUCACAAUCAACGAGCCACUGAUUAUGGCCAAGCUGGGUUAUGACUUUGGAGUUGGUCCACCAGCCAGGUGCUCGGUUCCUGUGAAAGAACAUGCUCCUCCAUGUACAGGCGGAAAUUCCGGCACUGAGCCAUACACUGUGAGCCAUAACCUUCUCCUUGCCCAUGCUACCGUUGUCAACCUCUACAGAGAUAAGUUUCUCGGAGAUCAAGGUGGUCAAAUCGGAAUCAGUCUGGUCGGGCAGUAUGUUGAGCCAUUUUCUAAUUCAAUAGAAGACAAGGCAGCGGCAAAGAGACUAAUGGACUUUGAAAUUGGGUGGUAUAUGGAACCGUUAGUAUACGGAGCCUACCCGAAAAUUAUGAGACUCUUAGCCAAGCAAAGGAUACCGACUUUCACAGUGGAAGAGAAAAAACUUAUGAAGGGAUCCUUCGAUUUCAUUGGGGUCAAUUACUAUACUUCAAGAUUUGGUCGCUACCUACCAAGAAAACCUGGUGCACCAAUCGCCUACCGCAGUGAUACUUUUGCUAGAGCUGUGACUGAAAAUAAAGAUCGAGUCCUUAUUGGCCCUAAAGUAAGAAAAGCUCAAGGAAUCGACUUUAUAUACUCUUAUCCACAAGGAUUACAGAAACUUUUGGAGUUCAUGAACCAAAACUACCAGAGCCCAACAGUUUAUAUUACGGAGAAUGGAAUUACCGAAGCCAAGCUUGAUAAAUCAUUGAAGGAUCCACAUAGAAUCCAAUAUAUUCUUCAGCAUCUGUACCGAAUCAAGAUGGCAAUGAAGAAUGGUGUGAAUGUGAAGGGAUACUUUCAUUGGUCCCUACUCGAUAAUUUUGAGUUUCGGCAAGGGUUUGUUCCAAAAUUCGGUCUUUACUACGUGGACCGUAACAACAACCUUACUCGAAUUCCCAAAGAGUCGGCAAAGUGGCUCCCGAAAUUCCUGAAUGAUAAUGCCUAGGAAUAAAUUGAAAGCCCAAUAUAAAAAUAAUCAUUAUCUGAUCAUUGGACUCUAAUAGCAUAUAUAUAGGCGUUUUUAUGUUGAAACUGCUUAAGAACUUGCAGUUUGUUAUUUACAAACAAUUGCAGUGUUUCAUCCAUUCUAUUCAUGCUACUUUCUUUUUUAAAGUCUUAUAAACGCAGCAUUACUUUAUAUGAAGUAACUUUUGGAUUGAAUUGUUAAGAUAUUUAUAGCAAGAAUAUUCCAGUCAA